CGGGGCAGAGGGACAAAAAUAGCUUUCGUAGAAAGCCGCCCUUCGUUUCACUGAAGGCAGGUUCCAGCUCACACGGCGAGGCAGCCUGUGGCGAGAGUUGUAGGAGGUCGCGAAUGCCGGCACGUUUGGGCGGCGGCGGUGGCGGCGGGCACCGGAUGCCUCGUCAUCGAGUCUCCUGCUUGCAAAUCGGCGUGUUCACGUGAUAACGACGGAUCAGCUUUUUAUUGCCGCCCAAGUGAGGGCACGCCAACGCACGCGCUCUCCGUUCAGUCGUGUGUCUGUGUCAUCGCUUGCAAGUGGUGCGGGUGCUCUUUCUCUCGAGCGCGAGGCCUCGUUACGGCAGCAGUCGCAGUCCCCGCAGUGCUUCCCCAGCACCCGAAGAGGACCUGCAGCAGACGUGUGCUAUGCCUUCCCGUCGCUUCGCUCCGCUGGUCUACGAGGCAUUGCUGCGCGAGCAGCGCAAGUGUUUCUAAUCGUACGUGUUCCCGCUCCUAUACGUUGCUUUUUUUUUUAUCAUUUCGUUGAUUCAUCUAUAUAUGCGCCGGCGCUGCGGCCUGCGCGGCUUGCAUAAGGCACAGGUGCGCGCGCAACGUGACGGCUGCGUGCGAUCGACGGAAGGUGCCGUGAAUUUGGCACGCGACCGCAACGGCGCAACACCCCCGCGAGAAACUUGCACGACUGCAAUAAUCGACUCGCCGCUGGCACUCUUCCCAAGGUGAGAGAGCGGUGGACUACUGGGAGCGAGGGCAGGACAGGCAAGCAGAGAGGCGCGCGACGGCAGUUACAGCGCGUGUACGACACGCGUCCCAGCUUUUAUUUCCGAAAGAAAACGCGGGGGGUGGUCUAAGUAGAGGAAGACGUUGAGGAAGGACAGCGGCAAUGUCGGCUUCCGGUUCCGCCGCUGCGAAACAGCCUCAGGGGCCGCCCGACAACCUGCUCUACGUGUUCGUUAUCAGCCGACACGGCCAGCGGACUCCCAUCAUACGCUGCCAGAACCUGCCGAACAGCGAACCCGUCGACUACGGCCAACUCACCGCGAAAGGUCGGGAGCAGACCUUCAUUCUGGGUCAGCUGCUGCGGGACCGCUACAAGGCAUUUCUGGAGGCCUCGGACACUCGGGCCUCGGACGGUCAGGUAGUGGCCACGCACGUCGCCUUGGAUCGGUGCCGGGACAGCCUGAAGGAGACCUUGCGUGGCCUGGGUGUGCCCACGGCUGCGACCAGCGCCGACCCAACACGGUACGACGUCCCCUUUUUAGGCAGCGUGAACGACAACAUCGACAAGGCGCUCAAGGGGCCCGGUCGAGGCGACUUCAAGACGCUGGGAGACCUGGUCGCCUUCGUCGCCAAGAAGACCGGGGCGCCGUUGCGGAACGACAGGGACAAGUUCCUCGUCCUGGACAGCCUAGUCACUCACGUGCUCAACGGCAACCCUGUGCCGGACUGGGCCGAGCCUAUGUGGGAGGACUUGAUGUGGGCGGACCGGACGGUGUUCACGCAGUUGCUCGUAGGUUACGAGCGGCCGUUCGCGUCCUACGUGCUGGGGCGGGUGCUGGACACCCUCUCGGACAAAUUCGAGAAGCGCGUCGAGCGUCCCGACAGGAUGCACGUGUUCUCCAUGUCCGACACGAGCGUGUUUUCGGCUCUCAAGCUUCUGGACGGAUCGCACGACGUCCGGCCGUGCUUCUGCGCCAGCAUCUUGAUCGAGGUGUACGGGGAUGGCCCCACGGAACGCGUGCGAGUGUUGUACCGCGCCCAAGAAGAGCCUUAUCUGGUCUCUAUGGACAAGAUAGAGAACCCGUGUGAGCUGAGCAAGUUUAUGGAAUUUCUACGUGACGUUCUAAAAACGCCUUAGAAGCAAAUUGUGUUGAGAAAGCCUUUUAGUCUGUUUGUGGCCGAAGAAAAGGAAUUACUGUGCCAUUUCUAAUGUUCUUAGCUGCGCCUGCUGUAUGUUUUGUUGAACUCGUUGCGCGUUGUCAUGUUGAAACUCAAGUGCCUGUAAAACAUGCGAAGUUGCUGCGUGCGUGCGCGGCGUAGAUGAACUAUUAGUCAUAGGGACAAUAAACAUUAAAUGUAAAUAUU